GAUAGCUACUUGAAUCUGGAACAUCAAAAAUAGACGAUAUUCGAUUGAAAGAGAAACGGAAUGUCACGUAGGUCUGAUUUAUCAGACAAAGACUCUCAAUCAAGAAAACGACAUUGGUUAACCGAUCAAGCUGUUACAAACGAAGAAAAAGAGCAGUCGCCAACAAAAAGAACCAGAAAAACGAAAUCUCAAGGAUUGGGUGGGCUUUUCAAUACCUUCUUCGGAAUGUUCGUAAGCAGUAAUUCGGGAGAAAAGGAGAAAACUGAAGUUUCGGGCGAAGUUCAAGUUCAAGAGGAUGAUGAAAUUAUAGUGGAAGGAACGACGAGGAGAGUUGCUGAGAACAAGAAAUAUAUGAUUUUUCUGAACGAAGAUGCACCUGUGAGAGCCAAUGCUGGAUCAGAGGAAAAUGAAGUUAUCAUUGAGAAACAUGUUCAAAAAAACGUUGAAAUUCGGAAUGACGAAGAAAAACAAGAAGUUCAAGGAGAUUUAGUGCUCACCUUAUCAUCUUCCCCAAAGUCGCCAAAAAAUUUGGAAAAGUCAUUUGAAGUACAACAGGAUGAUGAGGAACCAGACGUUCUUUUCGAGAAAGUAGUCAAGACACCAAAUAAGCAAUUGCAAGAAGCAAGACGAUUUCAGAAUGAGUUGAUCUUUCUCAACGACAAUCCAGACACACCAGACGAUGUAUCAGUUAUUUCUGACUCUAGGAGCAAAGAAUUUAUCUCACCGACACCCGAUGACAGUGUUAGUCGUCCGAUUACUCCGAGCUUAUCAUCAUUAUCAAAUUACACAUCAAAUAAUGUUCGUGAUUAUUGGAGACGGAAUUCUGCUAAAAAGCCAGAGGUUUUGAGACGGGUCCCUGUUAGACAUCAAUUUAAGCACUCAACUUCUGUUCGGAAAAUGAACACGAUUAUUGAUUUAAAGAAGAUAAAAAAUCACCUGUCAUCUCGCGAUCGACUUCUUCAAGGAGUUGUUGCAAGUGGACAAUACGAAGCUAAAGCGAUUUCUGGAAUUGUUGAAAAAAAACCGAAGAAAAUGCAGAGAACAUCAUCAACUGACAUAUUAGCCAGAGCGAAGAAUAAAAUCGCAGAAUUGGGAGGAUCCCGAAGCAACACCCCUUCACUCUUAUCAAGAGAACCAUCCAUCAUCAUUGAUAGCGAAGAGUCCACUUCUUCAAGUUACCGCCAACACGCCCGAUCAAAUUCGUCGGAAUCUGAUUCAUACAGGAAACUCAAUGAUAUUCUCUCGCAAAUUAAUAGCCUUGGAAUCGGUUCCGCAUAUCGAGGACCGCAGAGAUAUCAGAAUUCUUAUCAAUUGUCGAAGCAGAAGGAGGAUAAACUUCUAGAAGAGGCUCGGAUACGAGAAGGACAUCGCUCUCAAACAAGAGGUGAUCGAUUGGAAGAUGUUCGGAAGAGACUUGAAUUGCAAGGAAUCGCUAUUCGUCCGAAGGUGGAGAAGAAGAAAGUUGAUGAUUUUAUGGCUUUACCUGAUGCUGCUGAUGCUCUUGUAGAAAGAGCAUGGAGCGGAGGGAAUCCAAAUGAACAAUUUGUGGAUGCAUUCAGCAUUCAGAUCUGUAAAAAAGAUCUUGCAACAUUGAGUGGAUUGCAUUGGCUGAAUGAUGAGAUCAUCAAUUUCUAUCUUCAAUUGAUUUGUGAUCGGAGCAAUGGCGAUUCGAAAUAUCCAAAGAUCUAUGCAUUCAACACAUUCUUUUAUUCCAAUAUUGUUUCAAAAGGAUACGCGAGUGUGAAACGAUGGACAAGAAAAGUCGAUAUCUUUGCAUUCGACAUCGUUUUGGUGCCAGUUCAUCUUGGAAUGCAUUGGUGUAUGGCUGUUAUCGAUAUGGGCGAAAAGAAGAUUGAGUUUUAUGACUCUCUUUAUGAUGGAAAUACAGCCGUUUUGCCAGCAUUGCGAGGUUACUUGGAAGCUGAAUCAUUGGAUAAGAAAAAGACAGCAAUGAACUUUUCUGGAUGGACAAUUCAACAGAUGACGGACAUUCCUCGUCAACAAAAUGGCAGUGACUGUGGAGUAUUCUCAUGCCAAUUCGGUGAAUGGGCAUCUCGACGAACGACGCCUCGCUUCACGCAGAAAAAUAUGCCAUACUACAGAAAGCGAAUGGUUUACGAGAUUGUUUCGAAGAAGUUACUCGCAACUAUUUGAUUCUAGAAGAUUAAAAGUGUCAUAAUUCAUAGUUUUGUUUCCGGAAAAGUAGCUGUAAAAUGUAUUUUCUUCUCAUUGGGCAUAAUUAAAACUUAUAUUUUGUCGGUGUCGUAAGCCCGAAUCAUCUAGAAAGUCUUUAAUUUUCUGUAUUUCGAAUUAACCAUAUUUCCCAUUUUCGUAGCAUUUCUUCAUUAUCCAAAAUAUCGUUGUGAUUCUCAUCACUAAUUAUAACUUUUGAUUUCAUUUCAUACCGUGUAAAGAAUGUUCAUACAAAAGAUUAAAGAUGAUCGACGGUGUCAGAUCACAUCACAUUAUCACUUGUCACGUGGUCAUUCUCAGAUGACGUUGUUUUGUUUCAAAAGGUGAUGCAAACUUUCCCAUCCCGUUUUUAAGAUUUUUUUGUCUCUGUGGAUCUCUGGCCUUUUUUCUCUUUUCUCUUUUUCAUUCUUCCUUUUAUCCGAGUUUUAUUUGAUUUUUGACGUAUUUAUUAACAAUUUUCUCUCCCUUCCACCUUUCAAUUCCCAGUUCAAUAAUAUCAAUCAGCUUUCUCUGUUAUAUCAAUAUAUUUCACUCCCGAUCCCCGUCACCAUUGCAAGUUGCAAUAAAUACAAUUUCUUCAC